AUGUUCGUCCAACUGCGUCGUGUGGUGUUCCUGUUGGUACUUCUGCAAUGUUGUGCGUGUGUGGCAUAUGCGCAAGUUGAGUUUGACCAUGAUAAAGAAGCCACGAGAACGAAAAACAAUCUGCAAACGGCAGUGAGUGAUGCCUACGUAAUGCUUGCAGAGGGGAGGAGUUGUUUGUCAUUCUUGAAGAAUGAAAUGAAAGAUAGCAAUGAGAGUGUUUUGUACGCCAAGAAAGUUGCCGAAGAUACCGUUGGGAUUCUUGAUGGGAUUGAGGGUAAGAAAAACGAUCGAGGGAAAAUUCAAAUACUACUUGAUAAAGUAAGGACGGCAAUGGGUGACACGGAGGACGCACUGAGGUCGGCAACAAUUGCAGUUGGACGAAAAAGAGCCGCAAAUCAGGCAUGCCACGCUUCACGUGGUAACGUGGCUCACGUUUUGAGUGAACUCGAAAAAAAACGCCAGGGAUUGGAGAGUUAUAUGACAAAGGGAGAUGUGUGGUACGGGAACGAGGAGUGCAAGCAACUUGUAAUGAACAGCACUAAAGUACAUGGAGAACUACAAAAUGUUAGUGCGCAGAUCUACCAAUUGAACUGGAACGGCGUCAAUACGAUGACGGAAGAGGUGAAAACACUGGAAGGGGCGAUAAAGACAUUGAAUGAUGCGAAAAAAAAACUCGAAACACUUGCAACGAGCCUCGAACGUGAGAGGACAGACGUGGGAAGGAUAGGGGCGAUCCAGAACGUUACAAAGGUAAUGGGGGAAGUUGCAAACAAUGGUGAAGUGCAAUUAAAGGUAGUCUCGCAAAAACCAAAAACGGAUAUGAAGGGUAACGAAGUAAUAGAAGGGGUAACAGUGAAAGAAGGCGACACUCUUAAGAAAAUAGAUCAAGAAAAAAAAAAACAAAUGGUGGUUAAGGCGGUGCAACUAAAGGAAGAAAUCUUCAAGGGAGCGAAGGAGCAUCUACGGCAGAGAGAGGAAGUGGAAAAACAACAUAUUGUUGAGACGAUCCAGGCCGAAGAGAAAGCGAAAAAGGAAAGGGAGAGACGAGUUGCAGAAGAGAAGAAGAAGAAGGAAGAAGAGAGAAAGAAGAUCGAGGAGCAGCAAAGAAGGGUCGAAGAAGAAAAAAAGAGGGUUGAGGAAAAAAAGAAAAAAGCUGAGGAAGAAAAAAGGAAGGAUGAGGAACGGAAGAAAUUGGAGGAGGAAAAGAAGAAGAUUGAAGAACAGAAAAGAAAGGCUGAGGAAGAAAAAACGAAACCCGUGAUGAAAAAAGAUGGCAGCAGCGGUCCUGCUUUCGUACACAGUCCCUUAUUGUUGCUUCUGCUGUGUGUGUUGGGUUGCACUCUCGUGUGCUGA